AUGGCGAUGAAAACGAGCGCUAAGUUGGCCGUCGCGAUCCUCUGCUUUGCGGUGGUGGCGGCCGGAGGAGCGGAAACGAUAGCUGAGAAAUGCGCAGCCGAGUUCCAGAAGGUGACGCAGUGCCUGUCGUUCGUGACGGCGAAGGCGAAGGCACCGAGUAAGGACUGCUGCAACUCGGUGACGGAGCUCAAGGACACAGAUCCGGCGUGCGUGUGCUACAUCAUAGAGCAGGUGCACAACGGAUCCAACCCCGCCAUCAAGAGCAUGGGCGUGCAGGAGUCGCUCCUGCUGCAGCUUCCCUCCGCUUGUAAGCUCGCUAAUGCCAGCAUCACUGAAUGCCCUAAGCUUCUAAACCUGCCUCCAAACUCCCCGGACGCGGCCAUCUUCACGAGCGCGACUGCGACACCAGUGGCAACACCGGGAACGUCGUCGCCAACACCCAAUAAGGGGGAUUGGCAGAAACCUCAAGUUGCAGGAUGCGUAACGGUGGCAACGGCGAUGUUCAUCUUGUGGGUGAGGCUUUUUUAA